AUAUAUGUACUGCAGCCUUCCUCGUUGGGACAGCAGCAGCAAGCAGCAGCCCUCUUGGAAUUGUUCCGACGAGGACCGAGAGAGACCAGAUGGCCACCAAGGUCGUGUCUGUGGCGCCCAGGGUGGAGAUCCUGGCGAAGAGCGGCAUCAACGAGAUCCCGACCGAGUACGUCCGCCCCGAGUCGGAGCGGCUCGACCUCGGUGACGCGUUCGAGGAGGUGAAGAAGGCGGCGGAGGGGCCUCAGAUUCCUGUGGUGGACCUCCAGGGUUUCGACUCGCCUGAUGAAGAUGUGAGAAGGGCGUGCGUGGAGGAGGUGAGGAAGGCGGCGACGGAGUGGGGGGUGAUGCACAUCGUGAAUCACGGCAUCCCGUUGGAGCUCGUCGAGCAGCUGAGGAAGGUGGGGAAGGAGUUCUUCGACCUGCCCAUAGAGCAGAAGGAGCAGUACGCGAACGACCAGUCAUCAGGGAAGAUCCAAGGGUACGGGAGCAAGCUGGCGAACAACGCGAGUGGGCAGCUCGAGUGGGAGGACUACUUCUUCCACCUUAUAUUCCCGGAGGAGAAGAUCAACAUCUCCAUUUGGCCCAAGCAACCAACCGACUACAUUGAGGUGACGAAGAAGUUCGGGAGGCAGCUGAGGGCGGUGGUCACCAAGAUGCUGGAAGUUCUUUCCCUGGGUCUUGGACUGGAAGAGGGGAAGCUGGACAGGGAACUCGGAGGGAUGGAGGACCUGCUGAUGCAGUUGAAGAUCAACUACUACCCUAUCUGCCCACAACCCGAUCUCGCCCUCGGCGUCGAGGCGCACACCGACAUCAGCGCGCUCUCCUUCAUCCUCCACAACAUGGUGCCGGGGCUGCAGAUCUACUACGGCGGUAGGUGGGUCACCGCCAAAUGUGUGCCGGACUCCAUCAUCAUGCACGUCGGAGACUGCCUCGAGAUCCUGAGCAAUGGGCAGUACAAGAGCAUCCUCCACCGCGGGCUCGUCAACAAGGAGAAGGUGCGCAUCUCCUGGGCGGUCUUCUGCGAGCCUCCCAAAGACAAGAUCGUGCUGAAGCCACUGGAGGAGCUCGUGGCCGACGGGACGCCGGCCAAGUUCCCCCCGCGCACCUUCGAGCAGCACAUCCAGCACAAGCUCUUCAAGAAGACUCGGGGGGACUUCAAGACCCCAAACUGAGAUCAUCGCCUGUGGUGCAACUGUCCUUUUAGUACAUCGUCACGCUUCUACCGUCCCGUGUUAACCACGUUGCUUUCCGGAGUCCAAGUAUGUGAUUUAGUCGGUCUUCUCCUUGUAGCACCGUCCUCAAAGGUCCAUGGAAAUGCUCUCCAAUAAUAUGCUAUGUAUGUUCUCUUGUUCAA